AUGCUGUUCUGGGAGCCAUACUACUCCAACACGGGAACGAACAGGACUAGGAUAUCGCUGGGCGUCGUCAAGCUUAUCAUCGCGUUUUUGCACAUCGCAUUUAUCGACGAACUCAAUGGCAGCGAGAAAGUGAGGACCAGAGUUGCGUGGUCAGUUCUGUUCAUUGAGCUCGUGACUCUCGUGCUCGUUUUCUUGAUCCCCACGCUCUACAACUUCUACACCACCUUCAAAAUGUAUAUCAAGUACAGAAAGGGGAAGAAGGGAACCGAUAUUCCGGACUACAUCGAGCACGGCAAUCUCAUUGAGGUCCCGUUGCUGCCCGACAACCACAGCCUGGCGUCAUUCGACGAGUCCUUCAACAACUGGACGUUUGAGUCGCCGGCGCUGUUCCGAACCACCUCGGCAACGCAGUCCGUGAACUCGAAAAAUUUAGAGCUCACUGACCACCGCGUGGUACCUUCUGUGACGACAGGCCCGUCUACGGAACGUAUGCACAAAUCGGACUUGGCCUUUAGAGAGGCAGAUCUAUAUUAUAAUUCGUUCAGAGUUCUUGAACCCGACCCAGAGGUGAUGAAGCUCUGGCAGGAAAGAGAAAGAAAGCUGCACCGAGCUGCCGCACCACCACCUCCAGCAGCUCGAGCAUAA